CAGGAUAAAACGCAUCGAGUUAUAUUUCAGAAAGAAAGUAUACAUAGCAUGCAGCAUAAUGUGUGUGUGUGUUUUCUUUUGAGAAUGCGCACAAAAAGAAUUAAAUGCUUAAACUCGUUUUCUAGCCGAUCCCUUUCUCAGAAAACAGGAAAGGAAAGAGGAGAAAGGAACUGAACAAAACACUCAUUAUUCUAAAUAUUUUCAAUUUCAAAUAAAAAUAAAAUUCUGGGUGGGGACAUCCAUGGACGCGCUCAGCUCCUGUAGCUCCGGCCCUCUUCUCACCAUUGUCCAUUGCAGUAGUACAGCUCUGACACACCACACAAGGCCACUGCCCCCCUCUCUCUCUCUCUCUCUGAAACAAGCUUGGAUUCCUGACAGUGCAAGCAAAGCAAAGCAAGCAGCAGAAGCUUGGAGGAGUAUUUCUGCUGCAUCCAUCCCCUCACACAGCACCACAUUAGUAGUUUGUAGUAGGCCGCAACCACAAGAAGGUGGUUUCCUUCCAGCAAUGGCGGCCAUCAAGGUUUGACAAGGCAUGAGCUUGCUCCCUCCUUGCCGUCCUGAUUAAGCCCCUCGCUGCAACCACAACAAGAUUUGUUGCAGCGCGGGACAGGAGCUGCUGCGGCGGAGGAAGUGAGCGACAAGGCAUGGAUCUUUCCGGGACGCAGGGCGAGCUGCCGAUGGCAAUGCAUGCCGGCGGCGGCGGCGGAGGCUCGCCGUACCUGGGGCUGCACCACGGGCACCACGAGCAGCAGCAUAACCAUGGCGCGAACGGCCGGCACAUGUCGCCGCCGGACGUGGUGGCGGAGGAGGCCAAGAACCGGCAGCUGGCGGUGGUGCCCGUGAGCGGCGCAGGAGGAGGCGGGGGAGCAGGGGUGAGGUACCGCGAGUGCCUGAAGAACCACGCGGCGGCCAUCGGCGGGAGCGCGACGGACGGGUGCGGCGAGUUCAUGCCCGCGGGCGAGGAAGGGUCGCUGGACGCGCUCCGGUGCUCGGCGUGCGGGUGCCACCGCAACUUCCACCGCAAGGAGCCGCCGGGUGGGGGCGGAGGCGGCGACGCGCGGCAGCUGCACGGGCACGGGCACCACCACCACCACCACCAUCCACUGAGCCCGCUGAGCCCGCUGGCCGCGGCGCACCACCACCGGGGGCUGCUGGUGGCGGCGCUGCCCCCGGCGCCGACGCGCAUGGUGAUGCCGCUGAGCGCCAUGCACCAUCAGCAGCAGCACCACAACAGCUCGGCGUCCGCGGAGUCCGACGACGCGCACAACGCGCCGGGACAUGCGCACGGGCAGCAGCAGGGCCCGCCGGCCCGGAAGCGGUUCCGGACCAAGUUCACGGCGGAGCAGAAGGCCCGCAUGCUGGGUUUCGCGGAGGAGGCCGGGUGGCGGCUGCAGAAGCUGGACGACGCGGCGGUGCAGCGCUUCUGCCAGGAGGUGGGCGUGAAGCGGCGCGUGCUCAAGGUGUGGAUGCACAACAACAAGCACACCCUGGCGCGGCGCGGCCACGACGGCGUUGGCGACCCGCAGCAGCAGGGGCCGCACGGCGGCCAGCUCGGCAUGCCGCUCCCGGAGCCCGGCGGGCCCGGACGGAGCCCCAGCCGGAGCCCGCCGCCGCAGCUGCGGCUGGAGUGACCGACCAACCAAUCAACCAACCAAUGUUUUUUCAGGACUGGACCUGGACGACAUUGAUCAAGAGUCUAAUGCUGAUUGAAUUCACUGAUGACGAUUGACGACGACGACGACGGCGGCGGCCACUUCACCCUUGCAUAGGAAGCUGUUUCUUUGCUAAUCUGCUGCUGAUCUCAUCAAUCUAGCUAUAGCUUAGCUGCAUUGCAUUCCACAUUUCCACUGUUCCAUCCAUCCAUAUCCAUCAACCAAACUACUGAUGCUGAGUCUCCAUGGAUUUCUGUUUCUUCUUCUUCUUCUUCUUGAUUUCUGUAGCUGCUCUUGUUCUUGGUGCCCCCUGACUUGCUAGUGCUAGUGCUUGAGUGACUGGUAGGGUGUGGGAGGUGAGACUGAGAAUCACUCACUCUCCCGCUCUCAUGUCAUGUGUUGUUCCUUUCAUCAUGCUCCUGUUGUUGUUGUUGUUGUUGCGGUGGUGUUUCUCUAGUGAUUUAGUCAGUCAGCCAGUGAGUGAGUACUAGUGAUUGAUCAGCACCUGUUGCUGAUGAUCUGAUAUGCCUGCCUGCCUGCCUGCUGUGCAUGGUUGUUAGUGUUACUUAAUAUUAGCAGGUCUGUAACUGAAAGAAUCUAGUAAUUUAUGACCGGAUUAGGCUAA